GACUUCGCCGCGGGAGAUUUUUCAGACAGUUUGGAAAAUCUACGGCGUCUAUAGGAUUGCCAUUAUUUCGAUAGAAGAUGACUUUCGAUGUCUCAGACAACUUGAACGGGUAUCCUAUACGCGUGGUCGUGUUCCCGUCUCUGAUGAUGGAGAUUACACACGACGAAGGCACCAAGAGUUCCAGAUUCAGUAGACUGGACGCGAACGUGAUGUCGUUGUUGGAGCGAGCGAUGGGAGCUCAGUUUCGUAUCAACGUGUUUCAUAUCGUCAACUCCACCGACGGAGAUUACGGAGAUCCGUUUCAUCGUGCUCUUCAAUACAUCGAGUAUGGUGAGUCGGAGAUAAUCAUCACCAGUUUCUUUAUUCGACGAUAUAAGGAUGAAUAUCGAAAAUAUGAAUUCACAGCUAGCAUUUACGAAGACAAGCUGUGCUUGAUCGCGCCCACGGCCGAUUUUGUGCCGAAAUCGUACAUGCCAAUAAUGUCAUUCGCGUCUAAUCUGUGGGUUGCUCUCGCGGUGUACAAUAUUCUCGUGUCCGUUUUGUGGUUCCUCAUCAAAUACUACAGCAUGUCGUUUCGUCGGCAAAAGGCCGUUCUCCUUCCCUUAGCGAGAACGACGGAAGAAUACGUUCUUUCACGGCGAUCCGCCGCGGAUCUACCGCCGCCGAGAGUGCAUCCUUACGUUUCGUCGUGCUUCGAUCUUAUCGAAACCUCGUGUUACCCAUUGAGGGAGGACGGCGCGGCCGGCGCGGGCGGUAGCACGACCGCUCAAAGAGCCCUGCUGAUCGGCACGCUUUUCUUCGGACUCAUUGUCACCGGUCUCUAUCAAAGUUGCCUCAUGUCCAGCUUGAGCGAUCCCUUUCAUUAUCCCGAGCUCAAUACUUUGGAGGAUGUCGCUUCCUCGAAUCUCACCAUCAUUACCAAGUACUACAACUUGAAGGAGAACACGUUCACGGAGAAUACCACUCUGGAUAACAAAUUGCGGAGUAAGACCAAAGUGUUUGUUUCUGAAGAGUCUACCUACGACGUCGUGGCCUUCGGCAGGAGAACGAUUGCCAUCAGUCGUUACGCGUCAGUCAAAUUGAAUGAUAUGUCCAGCUACUAUGAUGUAGACGGCAACGAACUGCUCCACAUAGUCGAGGAAUGUCCGACCACUUACUUGUUGUCCUACGUAAUGAGGCUCCACUCGCCGUAUCGAGAGAGAAUCAACGAAUUACUGCUACGAAUGCAGGAAGCUGGUCUCGUUCGUCUGUGGUACGAGCGCAUGGCUUAUCCGUAUUACGUGGCCGAGCAGAAGCGAAAGAUGGACAAGAGUGAAAGAAAGAUUAAAUUGACCAUGGAGCAUUAUUCUCUCACUUUCGUCGGGCUUACAAUCGGUUUACUUUCUUGCACCCUGCGCUCUUGA